AUGUGUGUUUGUGUUUCAGGUUUUCCGGCGGCUGCGUACGCGGCUUACGCCUCUAGCCGAGGUUUUUCGGGUUACCCUAGUUUCGGACUCUCGUAUCCAGCAGUGAUGAGCAAUUACCACCAUCAGGCAGCCGCGGUCGCCGCACAAGGUUUCGGGCCACCAGCGUCGCCGCACACCGGCGGCCCCGGCAACCCGCGGGCCGCCGCGUUCCCGCCGGCCACGUCGCCCGGCCCCGGCGCCCCGUCCACCAUGGACAUGUACAGCUCGAACCCGGCCGAUUACGUACAAGCAGCGUCACCGCAACCGUCCGCGUUCCCCGCGAUCGCCGUCUCACGUGCGCCCAUUAAUUACAAUCCUGGGCCUUUGAUUCCGGCCGCUUUUACCAAUGGGUACCACUGA